GUUCGCUGAGCUGUUGGAGGCAGGGGGUCUAAUCGAUGCCUAUCGGCAGUGCCAUCCCGAUGAGGAUUGGGAGAAGGACGCUACUUGGAGGGGGGCUCCAGGGAAGCCCCCGAACCCACCAGAGUUCGGUAGAUUCUACGGCAAAGGGAUGCGAAUCGACUAUGUUCUCGUACCUGAGUCUAUGAAAGAAGAC